AUGAAAUCUCCUUUACUCUUAUUUAAAGGCAAAGGAGAAUUAUGGAAAAUCAUAACGAAAUGUGUGAUCGCUUACGAGAUUGCCACUAUUCUUGUGUUGAUUCCUGCAUUUUAUAGAAUUGCAGGCAGCCCACCUUACCUUGUACCACUUGGAACUCUGUUUUUCAACGCAAGCGGAACCGCCGGCAACCAGAUCAUGGGCAUGUUGCUCAACGUAUUGACCAUGGCACCCGCUGCUUUCUGGAGUGGUGUGAUUGUGAAGCUGUGUACAGUCUAUAAUUAUGCUCGCUUGAAUGGACAUCCCGAGCUCUACAGUAACGGCGCUGGCAUCAUUGCCGCAAUUGGAUUUGGCAUGUGCGUCUUUGUUACAGCUUAUUACCGACUCAAGUACCCUCGACUCUAUAUACCAGCAUUGCAGGGCUUCACCAUGCCUUUCUUUAUCAUUACGCUGGGUGCUUACAAGACCGAGUUCAAUGUCCUGGAUGUGGUAAACACAUUCUAUCCCGUGUUGAUUGGCGGCGCGAUUGCUUUGGUUGUGAAUCUAGUGCUAUGGCCAGAGACAGCAGCAAAGGCAGCCGAGCGAUCUAUAGGCAACACAAUGGAAUCCAUGAAGACUGUCUUGUCGUUUGUGCAUGAAGAUUUGCUGAAAAACGAUGAUUCUGGUGUUAUGACAGGUGAUGUGUCUGCUAGCACUAAGCUUCAGGGAUUAAACAACAAGCUGCAAAAAGACAUUAGCAGCAUGAAAGCAGCAAGACAAGAUGCCAAGUAUGAAAUUAUUGUGUCCUACUACAAACCUGCUUACUACAAGCCAUUGCAUCGCUCCCUGUACAUUUUGUCUCAAGAUUUACUAGGCUUCUCUCUCGCCAUCAAACGAGAAGUGCGCAUCAUGCUGGAGAAAAAGGUCAAAGCUCACCUGAAUGGCCUCCGAAAACGACAUGGGCUUGCAAAUCCAGCCACAGCUGUAUCAUCCGGCAGACAUCUCGUAGAGAAAGCACCCAAACCCAUCUUGCCCACCACUGCUUCAGCCCAUUUAACACUGCAAGCAAAUGACCAGCUACAUGCCAGUGUGCUAUCUGGCGAUACAUUGUUACAAGGCAGAGAAUACAAGGACAUUGAUCGACUCCAACAGUCUAUUCAGCCAUCGCUGAAGCGCUUCUUAAACACCUGCAUUUUGACGCUGGAUCAGAUUGAAAACGAGCUGGUCGAGCACAAAGCAAUUACUGUCAACAAGCAGCCACAAAAGACACACAGCACCUCCACGAUUGAUUUGAGCGCAGCUCUGACAGAGUUUAAAGAAACUGAGCUGAUGCUGCAGCAGGAAUACGAUCAAUCUAGCAAUGUGCCCACCGAAGACCACUUUUUGGUGUUUACAGUCAUCUUUACAUUGGUUGGGUUUGGCAAAGAACUAAUCACACUGCAGAACAAUGUGCAUGAAUUGAUUCUCAAGAGCAACAAGGACAGCUGGUGGCCAUCUCAAAUCCACUUUCCACAUGCCAACAUCAGUGCUUGGCUCAGUAAAGGUUCAACACACAAAGGAGAUCAGUCACUCUCAGAAAAGGUCAUUUUGGAAGACGACGAGCUCAGAGAUAUGCAGAGAACAACAACCAACCACGAGAUGCGUAGACGAUCCACAGUAGCUGGUCCUGCUGAACUACAAGAAGACAAAGACGAUGAGGAAGAUGAGGAAGAAGGGAGCCUGGCAUUGAACCGUCGUAUUAGCCGUAUUGUGUCUCGCAUCGAAACGAAUCCAGACCGUCUUCAAGACGCCUCAGAUGAUGCUUUGACAACAGAAGAGCAGCACGAAAAGGAGAUUGAACUAGAAGAAGCCGAAUCAGUGCCCCUGCAGCAAAUCAAAGGUCGUUAUAUUUGGAACAGGUGGCUCUACAAGCUGACAAAGUGGUUCCAGUACGGCCCCACGCGAUAUGCCAUCAAAUUUACAAUCACCUGCGAACUACUAGCGCUGAUGGCAUUUCUACCUAUUGAAGGUGUCAAUGCACUCUACAACAACAAUCACGGCCAAUGGGCUCUCUUAUCUGCUAUGGUGGUGUUUAAUUACACAGUAGGCUCUACAGCACUACAGUGUAUAUUCCGUGUGAUUGCUACCGUCAUUGGUGCAGUCGCUGGCUAUGUUUGCUUGUUGGCUGGUAAUCGAAAUGAGAACCCCUACGUGAUUGCCGUCAUGGUGUUGGUGCUUCAGAUCCCCAUGUGGUACUUUUUGUUUGACACGAAAUACCCUCGUAUUGGCUUCAUCUCAAUUUUAACGCUGGCUGUGAUCACAUUUACUGGCUACGAAAACACAAUGGAUGAGUCCAUUUUUGCACCUGUGUGGAAGCGCAGUAUCACUGCCUUCUUUGCCAUCAUUGUCGUCAUGCUGGUGGAUCAAAUUGUGUGGCCAGUGUGGGCAAGAAAGAAGCUCAGGACGUCUUUGGCUGAUCUCCUCAUUGCUACAGGUAUCCAAUACUCUCGUGUGGUAUCUUUGGUGUGUCAAGAGAAUACGAGCUCGUACAGGUACCGAUCCACAUUUCAAGAGUGCGAAGCCAAUCAAAAGGUCUUGACCAAGCAGAUGUAUGUGGUUCAUGAAAUGUUGAUGCUGGCUGCUGAUGAACCACGCUUGACCAAAGGCCCGUUUCCCAUCAAGGAAUACGAACUGAUUCUGGAGCACGAACGCAACAUUCUUCACUGGAUCCAACAUAUUCAAAAGGCUCAAUCUUUCAUCACCACUAGCGUGCGGCAAACCAUCAUGAACCCAGUCAACUCGUAUCGAAAAGAAAUGGCAGCUGCUGUACAUCUCUACCUAUAUACAUUGGCUUGUGCCUUACGCACCAAAUCGUCCUUACCAGCCUCGUUACCCUCUGCUGAGAUGGCAAGACGCAUGCUACAAACAAAGCAAUCCAUGGGCUGGAAGAAGAAUUACGAGUUGUUGUGCAGGAUGUCUGCAAAAUCCAUCGCCAAUCGUGAAAGUGCAGAGCAUCAGGUGUUUUGGCAUACGUACGCAGCUGGCUCUACAGAAGUGGUGGUGGAGCAGGAAGCCAUGGGCGAUAUCGUAGCGAGAUUAAUGGGUCAGCAUGUGUUUAAAGCUGCUACCAAGGAUUGGAUCCAAUCUGCUUCAUUAGAGUAA